AUGAAAGUAUCGCCUGAUUACGACUACUCGUCACUAAAGGAGGUGCUCAGUGAUACAAGUGCCAAGGUCCUCCUUCCUGGUGACGGUCAGGAAUACGAGAAAAGCAUUGAAAGAUGGAGCGAGCACUGCAUCAAGCGAGCCGCUGCUGUCGUCAAACCCACUACGGCUGAUGAUGUGUCUGCAACCCUCGCACAGAUACGCAAGCGUAGUAUACCUUUCACUGUUCGUGGCGGAGGUCAUUCCACUUCUGGUGCUGCGUCCAUCGAGAAUGGCAUCGUUAUCGAUCUCUCCGAGAUGCGUAAAGUCACAGUAGAUCCUGAAGCUAAAACCAUUGCUGCUGAGGGCGGUGCGCUCUGGGAAGAUGUAGACGUUGAAGCAGCCAAAUACGGUCUUGCAACGGUGGGGGGUACCGUCAACCACACUGGUGUAGGCGGUUUGACCCUCGGAGGUGGCUACGGAUAUCUUACGGGAAAGUACGGGCUCACUAUCGUUGUACUCUGUCAGCUCUUCCAUAACGGCAGUGAAGAAGAGGGAAAAGCCUUUUUCGCUGAUCUUUUCGAGCUCGGUCCCAUAGCGAAUAUGACAGCUAUGAUCCCCUACGAGAAGCUGAACAGUCUUCUCAAUCAAUCAGCUGGCUUUGACGGGCGCAAACAAUUCGGUGGCGGAGCUUUCAAGCUGCCAUUAGAUGCAAAUCUCGCUGUGCAACUACACGCCGAGUUCAACGCUUUUGUGGCUUCCCAUGAACGCAUGAACGAGAGCAUGAUGUUGUUCGAAACCAUUCCGUAUAAGAAAGUGGUAGAGGUGCCCAACGACAAGACGUCCUUCUCGAACCGAGGAGACUAUUACAACGUUGCUACCAUGUUCAAGUGGUUCGAUCCAUCCCUCGAUGGAGAAAUCCGCUCGUUUUCGCGCAACCUCUUGAAGAAGAUCUCCUCGACUGCUGCGGAUCGUUCGAAUGACGGUGGAGUUGGCCAAUAUGCAAAUUAUGUGGCAGGUGCUGAAGUUGAAGCCAAGGAGAUUUUCGGCGCCAAUGUGAAGCGACUGGAGGAGUUGAAGCACAAAUAUGACCCCGAUAAUCUGUUCAGUCAUGGCACGAGCAACCGCUACAACAAGCCAGCAUGUCCGACGAAGAUCUCGAGCAAAUCAGACGCGCGCGCCUGCAACAGCUCCAGCAGCAAGGCGGGGGACGAGGCCAGGGCGGGGAGGGCUCAGAGCAAGAUUCGCGAAACCGACCAACGCUCCUCCAUCCUCUCGCAGAUUCUCCUCCCCGAAGCCGCAGACCGUCUCGGCCGCAUCCGCCUCGUCAAGGAAUCCCGCGCAACCGACAUCGAGAAUCGACUCAUCAUGCUCGCGCGAACGGGCCAACUGAGACAAAAAGUCACUGAAGAGCAGUUGAAGGAAAUACUGGGUGCUGUGGCCGAAGCGCAGGAGAAGGAUGAGCAGAAGAUCGUUGUGAACAGGAGGGGUGGUGGAUGGGACGAUGACGACGAUGAGUUGGAAGAGCUCAUGAAGGAAGUUUAG